UUCUCUUCAGUGAGACGUGGAAUUAAUUAAUUCUUGGUGAUUGCGAUCAUGAUGAAGCCCUGGAGGGAUGCAGCUACAAUUAUUCUCGCUGCUAGGCAGCAGCAGAAGAUCAAUCAGGUGUUGACCCCAGCUGUUUUUCAAUACGACUAUGAGUUACUUGGACUGAAACGUCAGAAGAAUGCGUCGUUUAUGCCGGGAAAACACGUAUUCCCUGGGGGCACUGUGGAUCCCGCUGAUACCGAUUUGCGAUGGCAGAAUCUCUACUCGAGAUUUGGAUUUGAUCUGACGAGUUUUUCGUCCCUAGUUCCGAGUGCAACGAUGAGACCGAUGAUUUUUAAAUCCAGGAGAAAUGAACUGCCCAGAGAAGUUUCUCUGAGGAUAAGUGCUAUUCGGGAAACCUUUGAGGAGUGUGGGAUACUCCUCUGCAGGCAGUCCAGGAAGAAGGGGAUUUGGUCGGAAUGGGCUGAGACCUUCGGAGUCGACAAAACCGAAAGGAAGACCUGGCAGGAGCGAGUCCAUAAUGAUGCCACAGAGUUUUAUAAAAUGUGCGAGGGUCUUCAUUGCUUCCCAGAUGUCUGGGCUCUUCACGAAUGGAGCAAUUGGCUGACCCCUCCAUACAUCCCAGGGAAAAGAUUCGAUACAAUAUUCUUCCUCGCCUGCAUGAGAUCUACCCCAGAGACUGAAUGCGAACUCUCAGAAAUCGAGGAAUUGAGGUGGGAUGGACCAGGGAAUUUGAUAAAUCCCACAGCGAAAGUCUCUCUCGCCCCUCCACAGCACUACGAGAUUGGUAGAAUAGCGAAAUUCGAGUCAAUAGAUAAUUUGUUGGAUUUUGCCGUAGAAAGGAGUAAAAUAGGGUGUCAGUUGAUCUGUCCAGUCCGAGCGAAAUUGUCAGACGGAAUGGUCUUCCUCCUCCCUGGAGACUCCAUGUACCCGAAGGAGACUAAUUUCUUGGAAAAACAGGACCUCGACUUCACCACUAUGACAAUAGCCGAAUUUCGCAGUACUUCAGAGUCAAAAAAUCGCAUGGAGGUGUACGACGUUGAGGUGAAGCGAGUUGUCUCUGAGAAUAUCGAGCGCGGGGACGGUCACCUUAAUCCUCUCCCCCUGGAAACUGUCCACGUGAAGCCCAGAGUGAGUAAACUAUAACUCAAUAACCAAGGAACAAAGAGUAAAAAAUUGAUUGAAUUGAUUUAUAAGUCUUGGAAGAAUAUUUCUAUAUUUAAGAAAGAUAACCAUUUUUUGUAAGAACAUCGUCACCGUUGGAUGGUUCGCCUGGGAACAAGCCGAUUUGUAUCCCUUUACCUCUUUUUUAUUACAUUGAUCAUUCAUAACUUGUUAAUCGAAAUUCGUUUGUUAUUCAAAAAUAAAUACGAUUUGACGGA